AUGCACUCUCGCACUGCUGCCACUGAGGAAGAGAGUGACUGGCACAGAGAUCCAGAGAAAGCCAAGAAGUACAAGAGCCGGCUGGAGGAUUGGAUCUUGGCAGUGAACCUGCUGCUCAGCUGGGAUGACCAGAAGACCAUCUCUGCAGCUGACAUGGAGGAGUUUCUGUCAAAAUUCCUGGAGUACGAUGCCAAAGUCAAGUAUCGAAUCACUCCGCGCCUGACCUCAGAGAUCUUUCUCAGGGGGAUCCUGCGGACUCUCUGGGAUAUUGACAGGCUCCUUCGCUUCAUGAACCCGGGUGAUGAGCUGAAGAUGGUCACAGCCAAGAGCCCCAUGGUUUUGAGCAUCCUGCGGGUGAUGGCCUAUGAGUUCAUGUGGACCCCAAGCUGCACACCGCGAGGGGCAAAGGAAGGUGCCAGAGACCUCAUGGAAAGAGUCAACGUGUCGGUGAAGGCUGACAGAGACUGGAUUACGGAUGCCAUGGUUCGAAUGGGGGAGGCAUUUGAGAAGGCGCACAACGCCUGGGACAAGAAGCAUGCAGCAGCCAAAGAGAAGAAGCGUCGAGAGCGUGCAGAAGCAGCCGCGGCAGCUGCUGGCAACAGUGGGGACUUGGCAGCAGGAGGCGCCAAGUUGAAGCUGGCGGAGAAUGCAAAAGCCGCCAAAGCUGGAGCUGCUCAAGUCAAAAGGAAACGAGGAGCCGAGGGAGCAAAGCGUAAGGGUGCUGAUGCCCAGUUCGGCAAUGCAAGAGCACUCGCCGUUAAGGAGCAGGCUCUAGCCGGCAAGGCAGACCAAGCUGCGGAUUCUCAGAAGCGGACACGUGCAGCAGUCGUGAGACCUGCAGCCGCGCAGGAUGAUGGUGAAGAGGAAGAGGAAGGGGAAGAAGGAGCAGCACGUGAAGCGACGGCUGACGCUUACGGGGUCGAGCUGGAGGAAGAUGGCAGUCCCGGAGAUCCUUCGAAUCCUCGAAGCGAGCUUCCGGAGCCCGAAGCGGAGUCAUACGCAGAAGGCAUGGGUGGAAUGGGCGGUAUCGAAGGUGCUGGAGAAGCCAAGUUGGAGAAGCUUCAAGCAAGUGGUGACGAAACAAAUGCGCUGGGAGAUCAGGACGGCGAGGACGCUGAGGACCCUGAGGACGGAGAGGACGGUGAGGACGGGCCGGGCAAGAGCGAAGGUGUUGCAUCCGAAGUCGCUGCACGCGAGGUCGCAGCUGCCGAGGACAUGUCCAUGUGGGCCGAAGAAUGCUAA